UUGCCUGGAUGGAUGAGAAAUCACUCUUGUAUGGCAGACUGGACUGGACUCCGGGCUGAUGACAAGAAGCCCACUUUAAACACUCUGCUGUUCGUUUUCUUUUCUCUCUCUGUCUCUCUCUCUCUUCCCCCCCUCCGUUUUCUUAAUAAAAUGCCAGGAUUUCCUUCAUCAUACUCUGUCCAGUUCAAGCCAGGCUGCUCAUUUGGAAGGACGCCAGACCUCCAGCCUCUCAAAUCUGCAAGUUCAGUCCAAUAAAUUGUGACAUUGUCUGUCAGCCUUGGAAUAAGAAAUCGAUACUCAAGAAAGGGGACGCGAUAUUCUUCCGGAAUUUUAACGAUCUAUUUCCCAACCAUCCUUAUAAAUAUGCGAUUUGCUUGGAUAAGGUUGAUUUGGUCCAGCUUCACGCUUUUUUAGCUGGAGCAACGCUGAUAUAGUGACUGAUUAUUGCUGUUGAUUUUGUCCAUGCAAGACUCGGGGUGGAAACAUGUCUGGCCACUUCUUUGAGAGGAUCACUGCUAUCAGAGAUGGCAUUUUGGUCCAGCACUUCGGUUUUCACCUCUAAAGUGCCCCGGAAAAUCUUAUUCAUGUUCACCCUCUCCCUCUCUGUCACCUACUUGUUCUAUAGCUUGAUGAGCUGCUACAACUCGCUGCAGUUCCCUCUGCAAGAGAACUACGCGUAUCAAGGGAGGCUGGUGACGGAGGAGACAACUUUUGUGACAUUGAGGGAGAAACUUUACUCUGCUUCCCAGGGCUUCACCGAAUUCACCGAGUCCGUGAGAACCACCGAGGUGUCCACCGUGAGGGAUCAUGCUGAGGCCGAGAAAAGGACGGUGGAGUGGAUUAGGACCCAGGCGUCUCCAACUAAAUCGGCGGCGGCGUAUCACACCACCGCGCUGGAGAGGGAGCACCAGGAAUUCAGCACCACGGACAGCGAACUCAGGGUGAACUGCACCAUGGAUUAUGGAGAGAAGAAACUUCCCCAAGCCAUCAUCAUCGGUGUGAAGAAAGGGGGGACCAGAGCCCUGCUGGAGGCUCUCAGGGUGCACCCGGACGUCAGAGCCGUUGGAAACGAGCCACAUUUCUUUGACAGGAACUACGAGAAGGGGCUGGAUUGGUACCGGUGAGUUGCCCUUUCAGUCUGAUCUGGCGCCAGUAUUUUGUUUUAGCCUAAUUUAUUACUAAUCAUACUUCAGACUGCCGUUUACUAUUCCCCGAAUGCAAAUGUUAUUCAUAUGUGGGAGGUAAGAACAUUUCAAUUUGCGAGAGGCUUAA